UUUUUGGUUGCUUCGUUCACGAUCUCAAAUAAUCUGUCAUCUUUUACAGUUGUUAUUAAUGGCCGCAAUCGGUUCAUCCGUGAUCGCCAUUACACUUGUUAUCAAUGGCCGCUGUCAAGUCAUCACUGAUUGCGAUUCUAUGUAUUUCUCCGGCCCCAUCUCAAUUUCAUAUUAUACUAUCUAUAAGAGCUUAGUGAACAAGAGAGCUUAGACGACUGACUUACUGACUUACGGGAGAAGAUGGGUUCUCGAAACUUAGAGAAAAUGACUUCUAUUGACGCCCAGCUGAGACUCUUAGCGCCUGGAAAAGUGUCUGAAGAUGACAAGCUUGUGGAAUAUGAUGCUCUCUUGUUGGACCGCUUCCUCGAUAUUCUUCAGGACUUGCAUGGGGAGGAUAUUCGGGAAACUGUUCAAGAGUGUUACGAAGUCUCUGCUGAGUAUGAAGGGAUGCGCGAUCCAAAGAAAUUGGAGGAGCUUGGAAAUUUGCUUAUGAGUUUGGAUGCUGGGGAUUCAAUUGUUAUUGCUAAGUCCUUCACCCACAUGCUUGGCCUAGCUAAUUUGGCUGAGGAGGUUCAGAUAGCAUAUAGGCGAAGGAUAAAGCUAAAGAAGGGAGGUUUUCUUGAUGAGGCAUCUGCAACAACUGAAUCAGAUAUUGAAGAGACACUUAAGAAGCUUGUGGUGAAACUGAAUAAAUCUCCUGAAGAAGUUUUUGAUGCGCUCAAGAACCAGACAGUUGAUUUGGUCCUUACUGCCCAUCCCACUCAGUCUGUCCGUAGGUCUUUGCUGCAAAAGCAUGGAAGGAUCAGGAACUGUUUGACCCAAUUGUAUGUCAAAGAUAUCACUCCUGAUGAUAAGCAAGAACUUGACGAGGCAUUGCAGAGAGAGAUACAAGCUGCAUUUCGCACCGAUGAAAUCAGGAGGACACCUCCAACUCCGCAAGAUGAGAUGAGAGCAGGAAUGAGCUACUUUCAUGAGACAAUCUGGAAGGGAGUCCCCAAGUUCCUACGCCGGGUUGAUACUGCUUUAAAGAACAUAGGAAUUAAUGAGCGUGUUCCUUACAAUGCACCUCUGAUCCAAUUUUCUUCCUGGAUGGGUGGAGAUCGUGAUGGAAAUCCAAGGGUAACUCCUGAAGUUACAAGAGAUGUAUGCUUGUUGGCUCGAAUGAUGGCUGCUAACUUGUAUUUCUCCCAAAUUGAUGAUCUUAUGUUUGAGUUAUCUAUGUGGCGAUGCAACGAUGAACUUCGUGUCCGUGCAGAUAAACUUCAUCUAUCCUCAAAACGAGAUGCAAAACAUUAUAUUGAGUUUUGGAAGCAGGUUCCGCUAAAUGAGCCGUAUCGAGUUAUCCUAGGUGAUAUAAGGGACAAGUUAUAUAAUACGCGUGAACGUGCUCGUCAGUUAUUAUCCAAUGGAAUGUCUGAUAUUCCCGAAGAGGCCACCUUCACCAAUCUUCAACAGUUUCUGGAGCCUCUGGAGCUCUGUUACAGAUCACUGUGUGUAUGUGGCGACAGGCCUAUUGCUGAUGGGAGCCUUCUCGACUUUUUGAGACAAGUUUCCACGUUUGGGCUAUCGUUAGUUCGACUGGACAUCAGACAGGAAUCUGAAAGGCACACUGAUGUUAUGGAUGCUAUUACAAGACACUUGCAAAUUGGAUCAUACAAAGAUUGGUCAGAAGAGCAAAGACAAGAAUGGCUUCUAUCUGAACUGAGCGGAAAGCGCCCUCUAUUCGGGCUCGAUCUUCCCAAGACCGAAGAAAUUUCCGAGGUCCUCGACACUUUCAACGUUAUUUCAGAACUACCCUCUGAUAAUUUCGGUGCCUACAUUAUUUCAAUGGCAACAGCUCCAUCCGAUGUGCUUGCUGUUGAACUUCUCCAACGAGAGUGCAAAAUCAAGAACCCAUUAAGGGUGGUUCCAUUGUUCGAAAAGCUCGCAGAUCUUGAAAAUGCCCCGGCUGCGAUGGAACGCCUUUUUUCGAUCAGUUGGUAUCGAAACAGGAUAGAUGGUAAACAAGAAGUCAUGAUAGGAUAUUCUGAUUCUGGGAAGGAUGCAGGACGUCUAUCUGCUGCUUGGCAGUUGUAUAAGACACAAGAGGAGCUUGUAAAGGUUGCUAAGCAAUUUGGGGUGAAGCUUACUAUGUUUCAUGGUCGAGGAGGGACGGUUGGAAGAGGAGGCGGUCCCACACAUCUUGCUAUAUUGUCUCAACCGCCUGAAACUAUUAAUGGCUCACUUCGUGUGACUGUUCAAGGAGAAGUUAUUGAGCAAUGUUUUGGGGAGGAGCAUUUAUGUUUUAGAACACUGCAGAGGUUUACAGCGGCCACAUUAGAGCAUGGAAUGAAUCCUCCAGUUUCACCUAGAUCAGAAUGGCGUGAAUUAAUGGAUGAAAUAGCUGUUCAAGCUACUAAAGAGUACAGAUCUGUUGUCUUUCAGGAGCCCCGCUUCGUUGAAUAUUUCCGCCUUGCAACCCCAGAGUUGGAGUACGGCCGCAUGAAUAUAGGCAGCCGCCCAUCAAAAAGGAAGCCAGAUGGUGGAAUAGAAUCUCUUCGUGCAAUCCCAUGGAUCUUUGCUUGGACCCAAACUAGGUUCCACCUUCCAGUUUGGCUUGGCUUUGGUGUUGCAUUCAAGCAUGCAAUUGAUAAGGACAUGAAAAGUUUGAGCAUGCUUAAGGAAAUGUACAACUGUUGGCCUUUCUUUAGAGUUACAAUGGACCUGGUUGAGAUGGUGUUUGCCAAAGGUGAUCCAGGGAUUGCAUCUUUGUAUGACAAACUCCUUGUUUCAGAAGACUUGUGGCAAUUUGGAGAAAAAUUGAGGGAUAAUUAUGAACAGACUAAAAGUCUUCUCCUUCAGAUAGCGGGACACAAAGACCUAUUGGAAGGUGACCCGUACCUGAAACAGAGACUGAAACUUCGAGAUGCAUAUAUAACAACCCUGAAUGUGUGCCAAGCCUACACAUUGAAGAGAAUUCGGGACUCCAACUAUAACGUGAGCCUGAGGCCACAUCUGUCAAAGGAAGUGAUGGAAUCUGCAAAACCCCAAACUGCAGAACUGAUCACACUUAACCCAAAAAGCGAAUACCCACCUGGACUGGAAGAUACCCUUAUAUUGACCAUGAAGGGUAUUGCUGCUGGAUUGCAGAACACAGGUUAAUGUUGCAUUGUGUUUAUGGUUGUGAGCUGAGUGAGUAGUUUAUGACUGUUAAAUCUUGCUUCAUUUUCCACUUCUCAAAUAAUAGGUGUUCACCUGGGAGUAUUAUAGUCUUGUUUUGGUUUGAAUAAAAUGCUCCAUCCUUCUAGGAUGUUGCUAAUUACAAUGAUGCUUUUUUGCAAUGGAUAUUUCCACUGGUUUUUCAA